CUAGACAUCCCAGCUAAGGUAGUAAAGGCCAAUGAUUAUCCAGGCCACUUCUCUGAGAAAAGUCAUCUCUCGAAUCUUUACAAUUCGUGCCUGUCGAGGCACCUGAAGGAACUAGAACUAAUUACCUCAUCGGUCUUUUUCCUCCUUGCAAAAGUCCCGUUGGCUACCAUGGGGAAGUACCAAGUGAAAUCGAGCAGGGGGAGCGAGUGGUGACUGGCACGCCUGGUUACUGACUGCUGCUCACCUCGGCGUUAGCAAACUUCUGGCAAGCUCGAAACUGAAUACUAAACAACCUCUCCAUUUCUUCCUGGCGCCGUUCCAGGGCAGGCGCCACAUUCCUCUGUGGGCGCGCAAUGGCCGCGCCCCCUCUCACUGCGGACGGGUCUUUUGGCACAUGCAGUCCGAGGUCGCCAUGGAUCGGAUGAAGAAGAUCAAACGGCAGCUGUCGAUGACACUCCGAGGGGGCCGAGGCCUAGACAAGACCAAUGGUGCCCCCGAGCAGAUAGGCCUGGAUGAGAGUGGCGGGGGUGGUGGCAGUGACCUUGGAGAGGCCCCUACAUGCAUACCUCCUGGUGAACCACGCUGUGGACGGGGCCCACUCAGCUCUGCACCAGGCCCCAGGGGGAGGAAGGGUUCCUUGCCUGUUGCAGCUGCCCCAAGGCUCCCUCUGCCCUUCUCCUGCACUCCACGGUGGCCCUCCCAGGCCUCCCAGCGCCCGCCCGCCCUGGGCCUGCCUUCCCAGGGCUCUUGGCUACCUCUGCCGCUACCUGCCUUCUGGCCCUGGGCCAGCCGCAGUCUCAGCUCACCCCUGGAACGGGGUGCUCCACCAGAGAUUGUACACGAGGAUUUGAAGAUGGGGUCUGAUGGGGAGAGUGACCAGGCUUCAGCCACAUCCUCGGAUGAGGUGCAGUCUCCAGUGAGAGUGCGCAUGCGCAACCACCCUCCACGAAAGAUCUCCACUGAGGACAUCAACAAGCGCCUAUCGCUACCAGCCGACAUCCGGCUGCCCGAGGGCUACCUUGAGAAGCUGACCCUCAAUAGCCCCAUCUUUGACAAGCCCCUUAGCCGCCGCCUCCGCCGUGUCAGCCUGUCCGAGAUUGGGUUUGGGAAACUGGAGACAUACAUCAAGCUGGACAAGCUGGGUGAGGGUACCUAUGCCACUGUAUACAAAGGCAAAAGCAAGCUCACAGACAACCUUGUGGCACUCAAGGAGAUCAGACUGGAACAUGAAGAGGGGGCACCCUGCACGGCCAUACGGGAAGUGUCCCUGCUCAAGGACCUCAAACAUGCCAACAUCGUUACACUACAUGAUAUCAUCCACACAGAGAAGUCUCUCACCCUUGUCUUUGAGUACCUGGACAAGGACCUGAAGCAGUACCUGGAUGACUGUGGGAACGUCAUCAACAUGCACAAUGUGAAACUGUUCCUGUUCCAGCUGCUCCGUGGCCUGGCCUACUGCCACCGGCAGAAGGUGCUACACCGAGACCUCAAGCCCCAGAACCUGCUCAUCAAUGAGAGGGGAGAACUCAAGCUGGCUGACUUUGGCCUGGCCCGGGCCAAGUCAAUCCCAACGAAGACCUACUCCAAUGAGGUGGUGACACUGUGGUACCGGCCCCCUGACAUCCUGCUUGGGUCCACAGACUACUCUACCCAAAUUGACAUGUGGGGUGUGGGCUGCAUCUUCUAUGAGAUGGCCACAGGCCGGCCUCUCUUCCCGGGCUCCACAGUGGAGGAACAGCUGCACUUCAUCUUCCGCAUCUUAGGAACCCCAACUGAGGAAACAUGGCCAGGCAUCCUGUCUAACGAGGAGUUUAAGACAUACAACUACCCCAAGUACCGAGCUGAGGCCCUUCUGAGCCAUGCACCCCGGUCCCCUUGUCCUUGCGGUAGACUUGAUAGCGACGGGGCUGACCUCCUCACCAAGCUGCUGCAGUUUGAGGGCCGAAAUCGGAUCUCUGCAGAGGAUGCCAUGAAACAUCUAUUCUUUCUCAGCCUGGGGGAGCGGAUCCACAAACUUCCUGACACUACUUCCGUAUUUGCACUAAAAGAGAUCCAGCUCCAAAAAGAGGCCAGCCUUCGGUCCUCAUCAAUGCCUGACUCAGUUGCUGGCGGACAGCAUGGCCGUGCCAGCCUCCCACACUGAGGCCAGGCCUACCCCUCCUCGUCAUACCCUCCCCCAGGACCACUAUCCCGCGGCCAGCCAGGGGUCUGGAGCUAGCCCAGGCUGGGGCUCUCGACUCAGACAAGAAGGUAGAGGUGCCUUGGUCUUAGGCAUCCUCUGCCUGCUUUCCUGCCUGUCUCACCUGCCUCAUGUUGUGUGGGCCUUUUUUGUUUGUUUGUUUCAUUCGUUGUUUUUUUAAUUAUUUUAAAUGAGGUUUUCAUUCUUUUAAAUGCAAUAUCUCUUGUAUACAGACUGGCUGGGCCCCACCUCCCUGCGUGUGGCCCUCCCACAGUAUUUUGUGCAAUGAAGCCCCACUCCCAGCCUUUCAGAAGCAGGGCCACACACAGCCCCUAUUUGGAACCCUGACCAUACCAGACCCUGGGAUUGGCUAUGGGAAAGCAUGCCUCGGCCACUCACCUUCCUUCCCCCACCUGCUGUCCCCAGCCACAGGGGGAUCUGGGAACUAUUGGGGACUCUGGGAGAUGGACAAGGUGGGGGCCCCACUCUUCCUCCUGCAGUCCCAUAGCCAGGGCCUCCUUCCUUCUCAGGGUCUCCCCAGCCCAGCCCUCCUGCCCUUUCCCACUCGGUGCUGUUGAGUAGGGCCCCUGCCAGGAACUGACCAACUCAGUAAGGAGCCAUAGUGUGUAUAUGUGCACAAGCAGGGACAGAGGGGCACAUGGGGGUUGUGCCCAGGUGUUGCCUCCUAACCCCUGGGAGGGUGAGGCAGGGCAGGGACAGUCUCCAGGGUCAGUCCCUGGAUGGGUGGUUACCUCCCCUUCCUCCACCCUAAGCUCUGGGGCCCUUAAACGGGGUGGGAGGGCAGGGGUGGGAGCCCUCCUAGUGGGAUUUGGGGGGUUGGGUUCCUGAAUGCACCAUAAUCGCUGUAUGAAAUAUUAAAAAGUCUAAAGUGAAAA